CGAGGGGGCGUGGCACUGGAGGGGGCGGGGAAUGAGCAGGUGACAUCAGCACGCAGCUCCCAGAGAGUGAAACAAACAUGGCGACAGGCCGGAGCGGGCUGGGAUACACUACGCUAACUUUGAUCGUUUUCCAAUUAAGCGCAGCUGCUGGGCGGACUGGGGGAGCGGCGGCGGCCGGCGGAGGAGCCGUGAUCCUGGGCAUGAGGCUGGAGAAGAGCGAGGGAGACUCCUGCACGACCACGGGGGACGGCGUCUUGCAAGUGAGGGAGCAGAGUGAGGUCCAGCUCCGGUUUUACGGUUUGCGGCUCAGCCGAGACACCGGCUCGGCUUUCAUCGCCUUCACUGACGAGGAGUUCCCGGAGACCGGGGAGAAGGAUGAGGAGGAGGACCCCACCAACGGCGGUGCCGUUGCCAACAUGACCUGCCCGGACAUCACCAAAGACAUCACCGUCUCCGAAUACAUGAAAGUGUCGAGGCGGGAUACGACCGGCGUGCUCAAUCUCACCAUCAAAGCGCUGCGCAAGAGCGACAAGUCCCGCUUGUACAGACUCUGCAUCCGAAACGGCACCGGGGGUCAGUGGUACCUGCUCGGGGCUAACGACGGCAAGCUAAUGGUGGUGGAGGAGCGCUGGCCCAUGCUGCCGCUGUGGCUGCAGAUCGUGGUCAUCUGCGUGCUGCUGGUGCUGUCCGGCAUGUUCAGCGGGCUGAACCUGGGUCUGAUGGCGCUGGACCCUAUGGAGCUCCGCGUCGUGCAGAGCUGCGGCACGGACAAGGAGAGGAAAUACGCCGGCAAGAUCGAGCCCAUACGCAAGAAAGGCAACUACCUCCUCUGCUCGCUGUUGCUGGGCAACGUUCUGGUCAACACCACGCUGACCAUCCUGCUGGGCGACCUGAUCGGGUCCGGGCUGGGGGCGGUGGUCUCCUCCACGGUCGGCAUCGUCAUCUUCGGGGAGAUCGUCCCCCAGGCGCUGUGCUCCCGCCACGGGCUGGCAGUCGGGGGCAACACCAUCGUGGUGACCAAGUUUUUCAUGCUGGUGACUUUCCCGUUGUCCUUUCCAAUAAGCAAGCUGCUGGACUGCGUCUUGGGGCAGGAGAUCGGCACCGUUUACAACCGGGAGAAGCUGGUCGAGAUGCUGAAAGUGACGGCGCCCUACAACGACCUGGUCAAGGAGGAGAUGAACAUGAUCCAGGGAGCGCUGGAGCUCCGAACCAAGACCGUGGCGGACGUGAUGACGUCGCUGGAGAACGGGUUCAUGAUCCAGAGCGACGCGGUGCUGGAUUUCAACACCAUGUCCGAGAUCAUGGAGAGCGGCUACACGCGCAUCCCGGUCUACGACGGAGAGAGGUCCAACAUCGUGGACAUCCUGUACGUGAAGGACCUGGCGUUCGUGGACCCGGACGACUGCAGCACGCUUAGGUCCAUCACCAAGUUCUACAACCACCCGGUCCACUUCGUGUUCCAUGACACCAAGCUGGACUGCAUGCUAGAGGAGUUUAAAAAAGGUAAGUCUCACCUGGCGAUCGUGCAGAAGGUGAAUAACGAGGGGGAGGGAGACCCUUUCUAUGAGGUGUUGGGGCUGGUCACUCUGGAGGACGUCAUCGAGGAGAUCAUCAAGUCUGAGAUCCUGGACGAGUCCGACAUGUACACUGAUAAUCGCAGUCGGAAGAAGGUGCAGAACAAUAAGAACAAGCGCGAUUUCUCUGCCUUCAAACAGGAGAACGAAUCCACCGUGAAGAUCACCCCCCAGCUCCUCCUCGCCGCGCACCGCUUCCUAGCAACGGAGGUGACCUUAUUCGCCCCAAAUCUGAUCUCAGACAAGAUUCUGCUACGCCUCCUCAAGCACCCCGAUGUCAUCCAGGAGAUUCACUUUAAAGAGGAGGACAAGAUGAGAGCUGAGCAUUACCUGUACCAGCGCAGCAGAGCCACGGACUACUUCAUACUGAUCCUGCAGGGCCGAGUGGAAGUGGAGGCCGGUAACGAGCACAUGAAGUUUGAGACGGGCCCCUUCUCUUACUAUGGGGUUAUGUCCCUCAGCACCCCCACACUUGAGUUUCGCUCCCCCUCUCACAUUGCUGGUCUGAAUCGCUCCGUCUCUCUGAGCUGCACCGACCGGUCCGAGUCACUGUCUGUCGGCGGGAGCAACAACCAGCUCAACAGCACCCCCUCCCUGCAGGCGCUGCAGUACACCCCUGACUUCAACGUGCGCGCACUCACUGACCUGCAGUUCAUCAAGAUCACCCGGCAGCAGUACCAGAACGGGCUGAUCGCGUCCCGGCUCGACAGCACGCCACAGUCCCCCGAGCACACGCACACCGCCACUGAGACGGGCGGCAGUGCCGAGAACGGACCGGAUGAGACAACCAGCCUUCUGAACGAGCAGAACAGUGCGGGGCAGAGCGGCGCGAACCACAGCGCUGACUCCACAGUGUGAUCCAAUACAGUACAAUACAAUACAAUACAGUACAAUACAAUACAGAUAACCACAGCACUGACUCCACAGUGUGAUCCAAUACAGUACAAUACAACACAGAUAACCACAGCACUGACUCCACAGUGUGGUCCAAUCCAAUCCAAUCCAAUACAGAUAACCACAGCACUGACUCCACAGUGUGAUCCAAUACAAUACAGAUAACCACAGUAUGAUCCAAUACAAUACAGAUAACCACAGCACAGACUCCACAGUGUAAUACAAUACAGUAAAAUACAAUACAAUACAGAUAACCACAGUGUGAUGCAGUACAAUACAAUACAGAUAACCACAGCACUGACUCCACAGUGUAAUCCAAUACAGUACAAUACAAUACAAUACAGAUAACCACAGCACUGACUCCACAGUGUAAUCCAAUACAGUACAAUACAAUACAAUACAGAUAACCACAGCACUGACUCCACAGUGUAAUACCAAUACAGUACAA